AUGUCAUUCUCACUACGCAUUAUUCCACUAGCGUCUAGCGCAACAAUUAUCAUUCCCAGAGAGCUAUUGUUCUCAGAUUCUAAGUAUUCGAUGUUAUCACUCAGUCCUAAUGGAAGCCCAGUAGGCUUCGAUAAAUCCAACCUAAACAUGUAUUGGCUGUGGAGUGACCAAUUUAAUGAUCCUGUUUUUGUCAUUCAAAUUCUCCUAAUUAAACUACAUUAUUUAGAAAAUUCUGACGGUAAGUGGAAAUCUCUUGCAGGAUCGUUUGCCAAGUUUCCAUUUGAUGCUCCUGAAAAGAAAGAGUUGCUGUAUACGGCGACUCGCGCUGAGAUUUCCGGCAAUCUAUUCCAUCCGACUGACAUAACACUGUUGACCAUCACUGAGGUAACUAUUGAUUUUUGCCAUUUUGCUUUGACCUCUCUUAUAGUUCCUACAUAUAUGUCAAUAUGGUUGGUAACAUAUUCGUCCUCUGACAAACCGUACGAAAUCUUCAUUUAUAGAAGAUGGCUUAAAGAGGCCGAAUUUCUCUUCAACAGUCGACCAGAACUUGAAGCCUAUAAGCUGAAUAAUCAAAUCAGUUUCGAUUUCAAAACUAGAGAUAACAUGGUCCUUCAGGCAUACCUCAGUCUUCCACCUGAGGUGAAUUUCCGCGGGACUAGCGGUUUCGGCAAGCGGCUGACAAAUGCCGGCGACGAUAAGUGGAGCAAAAAAAUGCACCUCGACAUUCUUGACUCAGUCGAUUUUGCUGUUGCCAAGGGUAUCACCAACAAAUCACUUGUGGCAAUCAUUGGCGGGAGCUAUGGUGGUUAUGAAGCCUUAGUCGCUCUAACUUUUACUCCUGACGCUUUCUGUUGUGGUGAGGAUAUUGUCGGACCUUCGAAUUUGAUGACUUUAAUCCAAACUGUUCCGCCGCAUUGUAAAGGUAUCCAUGCGGAACUCGUACGAAUGCUGGGAGGUGAUAGUGACACAUACCUUCACAUUUUUACAAGAAGAAGGACGUCAAACGCUCGCUGCUCUCUCACUGCUUUUUUUGCCAAUAGAGUAGAAAAACCGCUUGUGAUCCUUCAAGGCACUAACGAUCCUCGUGUGAAACAACGAGAGUCGGGUAUGUUCAUCAAAGAAUAUGACGUUUACUGA